GCACUUCUCUCUCAGGCUCUGAAUAAUCUCAAUCGCACAGUUCUUUCUCAAUUGAGUCAUAAUUUGAAGAUUUCUCGAAUCUGGUGACUCUUUUUCCCACUCUCUGUCUAUGUUUGUCUGCCCCUCGCGAUUCAUGUUUUCGUUGUUUCUGCUUUGGCAUUGUAGGAUUGAGCUGCUUCGUUGUGUUUUAUUAUUUGAAACUUCCGAUAGUUAUGCCUGAAUGAGAUCCAGGUAGGCCUGUUCACAGAGCAUAGUGAAGAUGAGUGAAGGUCAGAAAUUCCAAUUUGGAACCAUUGGAGCCCUGAGUUUGUCUGUGGUGUCCUCUGUUUCCAUAGUAAUCUGCAACAAGGCACUUAUCAGCACACUGGGUUUUACCUUUGCUACUACUUUGACAAGCUGGCAUCUUCUUGUGACGUUCUGUUCUCUUCAUAUGGCAUUAUGGAUAAAGUUGUUUGAACACAAGCCUUUUGAUGCAAGAGCUGUGAUGGGAUUUGGGAUACUGAAUGGGAUUUCCAUUGGCCUUCUGAAUCUUAGUUUGGGUUUCAAUUCUGUUGGUUUCUAUCAGAUGACAAAAUUGGCCAUCAUCCCAUGCACUGUUCUUUUGGAGACUCUUUUCUUCAGGAAAGUGUUCAGUAGGAGCAUCCAGUUUUCACUCAUCAUCCUUCUUCUUGGUGUUGGGAUUGCUACGGUGACGGAUCUCCAGCUCAAUCUCUUGGGUUCUAUAUUAUCUUUGCUUGCAAUUGUCACAACUUGCAUUGCUCAGAUUAUGACCAAUACCAUUCAGAAAAAGUUCAAGGUUUCGUCAACCCAACUUUUGUAUCAAUCAUGCCCGUAUCAGGCAAUGACUUUGUUCAUCACUGGUCCUUUUCUAGAUUGGCUCUUGACCAACCAAAAUGUUUUUGCUUUCAAUUAUACCCCUCAAGUACUGUUCUUCAUCGUGCUGUCUUGCCUGAUCUCUGUUUCUGUAAACUUCAGUACAUUUUUGGUUAUUGGAAAAACAUCAGCCGUCACAUACCAAGUCCUAGGGCAUUUAAAAACUUGCCUGGUUUUAACCUUCGGAUAUGUCCUGCUUCAUGACCCAUUCAGCUGGCACAACAUUUUGGGCAUCCUGAUUGCUGUGAUUGGGAUGGUUCUGUAUUCCUAUUACUGCACCCUUGAGGGUCAGCAGAAAGCAAGCGAGGCAUCGGCACAAUUGUCUCAGGUCGAGGAAGUUGAAUCUGAACCGCUUAUUACUGCGGAGAAUGGAGCUUGCCUUCUGGGUGAUGCUGCCCCUGCAUGGAAUUCAAACAAAGAUUUUGAAGCAUAAGUGUUAUUUUAUCUUAUUUUGAUUUAAAAAUAUCAAAAUUAGUAGAUACAAUAUCUGUUCUGGCGAUGAAGAUGUUGCUGGCACAGGUCUUCCAUGUAAUUCUAUAGCAACGUAAAACGGUUUUUUAUGUAAGACCAAUUCUUUAUAGGAAAUACAUUACUAUAUGGAAGUAAUUUUGCAUA